UGUAUCUACCUCAUAUUUAGAGUGACGGUAUACCAAGUUGCCCACCCGUUGGAAUUCUGGGUACGCCACUCCUCGGCACUGCGUCUACAAGACGGCGAUCGAUUCCUAAAAUUACGUCAAACUGUGUCACUCUGACCAACGUUCAUCGUCAAAAUUUCCGCGGCAUCGUAGCGACGUGUUUCGGUUAUGCAAUUUUCUUUGGAAUGUACUCGGCCGAGUGAGCAUCACUGCUUAUCCGCCCAAAAUAUUAUCUUUUCGUUGCGAUGGAGGAUAAAUAGACACAAUCUGGCCCACAAUGAAGCUCUUUUCGUUCCUGAUCUGCUCCUUGCUCCUUGCCUUCGCGGCAGCUCAAACUUGUUCAGCCGACAUCUGUCGCAGCCGCAUCAACCAAUACGCCACACAGACCGGCCGAGCAUUCUGCUUCACCUACCUCACGCCUGUCGUCGUUGCUACCCAAACGCUGAGGGUUACUGCAGUUGCUACACGAGUCAGCACGUCUAUUCCGAGCACGCGCACCGUCACAGCUACCAACCGGCGUCACUACCAUCGUGAGACGCCAGAUUCUGCCGGCCUCGGUAUCAUCAGCCAUCGCAUCAGCGUGUACGAACAACGCGUCAAGGAUUAGCAGCGCCUGUACGUGCUAUCUUGCUGGGCGAUAAAGUGUCAGGGAAGUGAAAAGUAUCUAGGAAGGAAGGGAAGGCAUUGCGUCACGGCAGAGGCUAGGGAUGGCGCAUGGUAGGUAGGUAGGUAAGUAGGGUAAUUUUCAAAAAUGGAAAUCAGUAUUUAAAC